AUGCCGUCGUCAAUCAAAAGCAUCGGUGUUGUGGGCGCCGGCAAUAUGGGGUCCAUGAUGACCCUCCGCUUUGCCGAGCUUGGCCUCGCCGUCUCAGUCUGGGACAUUGAGAAGAAAAAUGUUGACGAGGUUGUCGACUAUGCAACAAAAGAUAAAGACAUCAAAGGCCGUGUUCAAGGAUUUUACAACAUCAACGAGUUUGCCAAAAGCCUGGAGGGAAAGUCUGAUCGGAAAUUGUUCAUGUUCUCCAUCACGCAUGGGGGGCCUGCAGAUGACGUUCUACGUAUGAUCAAGCCUGAUCUCAAGAAGGGUGAUAUUAUUCUCGACGGCGGCAAUGAGAACUAUCGAAACACCGAGCGCCGUCAGAAAGAAUGCGCUGCCAUUGGCGUUAGUUGGAUUGGCAUGGGUGUUUCUGGGGGUUACCAGUCUGCACGACGCGGUCCUAGUCUCUCGCCCGGUGGAGACGCCAAAGCUUUGCAGCUUGUGAUGCCAUUCUUGGAAUCAUAUGCCGCCAAGGACCCGAAAACUGGAACUCCAUGCGUCAAGCGCAUGGGGCCAGGUGGCUCAGGCCACUAUAUCAAAAUGGUUCACAAUGGGAUUGAGGGUGGUAUGCUCUCCGUGCUCGCUGAAGCUUGGCAGUAUAUGCACGAUGGUCUCGGUAUGGAACACUCGAAGAUCGGCGACGUGUUCGGAAAGUGGAACGAGGCCGGCGAAUUACGCAGCAACUUCCUCAUUCAUAUCGGUGAAAAAAUCCUUCACACUCGCAGAACCCCAGAGGGUGAUCAUAAGGGUGAGGGAGCGAGUCGGGAUGACGGAUAUGUUCUUGACGAUGUGCUUGACAAGGUUGUCCAAGACGAUGAUGGCACCGAAGGUACACCCCUCUGGUGUCUCAUGGAAUCAGCCUCCCGCCACGUCUCGUGUCCCACUCUAGCGGCAGCUCAUUACAUGCGUAUCUCGAGUGGAAAUCGAAAGGAGCGUGUGCGUGCAGCCAAGAAACUGGAAAUGCCCAUGCCCAAGCCAAUCGAAGGCACUCGAGAUUACAAGGAGAUUAUUGAGAAUCUCCGUCAAGCCGUAUACUGUUCUUUCCUGGCAUCAUUCUGCCAGGGACUGGAGUUGAUCUCCCGGGCCUCAAUAGAUGAAGGCUGGAACGUCAACUUGGGCGACUGUUUGCAGAUCUGGCGGGCUGGGUGCAUCAUCCAAUCUGAUCAUAUCGCAGAUCUUCUCCAACCGCCACUAGCCACGCACAAUGAGUUGACCAAUGCCAAGUUUGUGGACUCGGUUGCGCACGAACUUCACCAGAGCUUCCGGGGUCUGAAGGAAAUUGUGAUGGAAGGCACGAUGUCGGAUCAAUAUAUUCCUGCACUUUCUGCUACUUUGGAGUACCUGAAGUAUGAAGGUGGACUGGGACUCCCCACCAAAUUUAUGGAAGCCCAGAUGGAUUACUUUGGUGCACACAACUACAACAAGCCUGGCAUUCCCGGGGAAGAUCCAGGUCCUGUGCACAAGGGCCCUCACCAUUACGAAUGGCUGCCAGCUUAA